AUGGAAACACGUUUUUUUGUCGCUGCAGUUUGCAUUUUAUUUUUUGGAAACUAUGUGGAAGCUGUGGAUUUCACAUGUCCCACAAAUGCAAUUACAAGAGAAAGUGGAGUAUUUCCAAAAGAUGUUCUAACAUUGACAACAUUUCCACAUAAUUAUAACUGUAAUAUCAAGUUUCAAAUAGAAGAUGGGUUUGUUUUUCAAUUCACUUUAGUCGCUAAUGUGACAGAUGGAUCAGGAGAAUCUCUAGUGGUUACGGAUGCACUUGGAAAACAACUAACAUAUAACGAGGGAGUUUCCACAUUCUUCGCUCCUGCAAAAACGGCCAGCAUUUCUAUUACAACAAAAACUGGCGGAUCACAGUUUUGGUUCAGAUAUGACUAUGUUCCCGUUGCUCAGUACGAACAAACUAAAAUCCCAACUGGAACCCGAUUGAGCCUCGUUUUUUCACCGAAGAAAGUUUAUACAUUUGUGUCUCCAUACAAUGACAAUGUAGUAAUUAACACUGCCACAGUGGAUGAUAUAAACAAUCUGGAUAUGGGAAUGAAAAUGAUCUAUGUCUAUGAUGGUAUUGAUAUCAAUUCUCCAUAUGUUGGAACUUUGUAUGAUUAUGUGAGUACUCCGAAACUUUCGAAAUCAACUGGAAAUGCUACAACAUUGGUGAAUUUCUAUGGAACACCAACAAACUCAUAUGCAUUGGCCAAUGACUAUAAAUCACUCAUCUCAUACGAUACGUUCACGUUUGUUGUCUACACGAAAAAUGUGACGAUUCCUAAAAAUUUCGCCGAUGGUAUCUCUAAUGUAUACACUUUCUACUGCACAGGAAGUGAUAAAUCAUACUUGACUGAUUUGAACUUCGGAAGUAAUGGACAUAAAGUAGAUGUAAGACCAUUGACACCAUCUGAUACACCAAAUGUACUUUUGGCUUAUGUAUCAACGGGCCCUGUGAGCCGUUGCAUGCCUCAAAUGAUUCCUGGAAGAAUUUUCACAAUGGUAACUCUUGGACCGGAAGUCUCUAUUUCUCUAUCAACGUCAGCUGAUAAUUGGCUGGUUCCGUAUAAUGGACGUCUAGGAUACGUUUUCUCAUCAUCCUUGUGGUAUCCUGGAGCAGGUUCGGGUUACAAUUACACGUUUGAAUCUGCUCAACUUAUGACGUUUACAUUCAAUUUCCAAUCCGCCAUCAUUCAUCAAGCAGGGGAACAGAUUCGUGUUCAAGUUGGAAGACCAGGAUAUAAUCCGAUAAGUGUUACAUUCGAUCACAGCGUGGCAAAUCCUGGAGUUCGUGUGGCAAAUGGAACUUACUUGACAACAAGUUAUCUUGGAGAUUCACCCGCUUCAUCAUCAAUUAUUAGUUUUCAAAUGGCUUCCAUCAAGAUGGUCACACUUGCAAUAAUUCUGUUUUUUAUAAUAGGAACAACUCAUGCGGUCGAUUUCAAAUGUCCCACAAAAACAAUCACUCCAACAGCUCUAGAAGGAAACCUGCCAACCGGGACUGUCGAGUUAACACGUGUUCCAAAAGGGACAAACUGCACUUUUGUGUUUGAUAUUCCAAAUGGUUUUGCCCUUCUUGUCCAACUCUCUGUUGAUUUUCAAUCAAUUAAUGAUACAGUUUCCGUUACUGACAACACGAACAAAACCAGAGAAUUGAAUCAUCCUGGAAAACCAAUGAGUGCUCCAAUAUGGUUUGCAGCAGAAGGAGCACAAAUAAAAGUAGUCGGAGUCUCAGGAAAUAGUAGAUUUCUUGCAGUUUAUCAAUAUAAGUUUCUGAGUGAAUACACACAAAUCAAAAAACCAACUGGAGAUUACUUUGCACUAUCCCUUCUGUCCAGCAAGAAUUACUACACAUUCACUUCUGCAAUAGGAGAAAAAAUUGUUGCAACUUAUGGUAAAAGAACAAGUAAAGAGACUGAUAAGGAACUUUCUCACAUUUUUGUCUAUGAUGGUGAGGACCUUAGCACUUCUAAAAUGAUUGGAACUCUUGAUGAUUAUGGAUCUUCAAAUAUUAUGACUUCAUCAAACAGUUCGAUGACUCUCGUAAACUUUUACGGCACAAAGUCAACUUCUUACGUGAUUGGAAAUGAUGCUUCAACUGUGACUGGGUACUUCAAAUACUCUGUAAUUGUGACGACCAGUGGAUCAGCAACUCAUGGAACUAUGGGCGAUUUAUCUGGACUCGUUGGAGCAUACACUUUCAUUUGUACUGAUUGCAAUCGUUUCUACUUGACUCAACUCGAUUUCGAUGGAUUGGUAAUCAUUGAUAGUGCUUAUAUCAAGUUCCAAGGACAAACUCCGACCCAUAAAAGGGAAAAACUUAUUACCUAUAGCCCAUCUACAUACACUUCUGAUCAGAUGCCUCAAUUGAUUCCAACUGGAGUUUUCACUCUCACUGCUCAUUUGUCAAAAAUCAACUUUAAAAUCAACACCGUCAACAAUAAUACUCUUUGGAAAACUCCAUAUAAUGGAAGACGAGGAUACAUUUUCUCACCGAAUCUUUGGAAUCAGAAUACCACACCCAACAGUUUCAACUAUGAGUUCAGAAAUGAUUCUCUACUUUAUACGUAUGUUUUGCGUGUUAAUAAAAUGAAUUUGGGAUUGGCCAGCGACAAAAUGAUUCUUCAAAUUGGAUCAGGAACAGGGAAUCCAUCAGUAGAUUAUCAAUAUCCUCGUGACGAAAAUUCAAACGGAAAUGUGUCUUCAGUUGGGAAUUACAUGACGAUUGGAUUGACUGGGUCGGCGAAUGAUGAUAUACGCCUGUCAUUUGAGAUGAUAAUGUAUUCAUCAGCUCCAUCAAUUGGAAUCUUCACUUCAAUGAUCGUGACCUUCUAUUACGUUUUCUAA